AUUUCAUGCAAGCGUUCCUUGCAAUACGUCUAAAAUGACUUGGAUGGUCUUUAAGCAGGGCUUUCUGGGUGUCAAUAUAUAAACUCGCUUAGCCUUAUUUUGGGCAUGCUAUUUAUUAAUCCACGCUCGUCUGCUUGACCUCAUUUUUCUUGUGUUUUGUCUCCCUUUCUCCCUGUGCUUUGUUCAUUUAGUCCUUAACCUCUAUGUUAGCAACAGCCAGAAAAGAGAUUGAACUUAUGUCAGACGAGAUGAGGGCCUUGAUAGCCGAGAAGGAAGUCUUGGCGCAGGAAGGGAAUGCUUUAAAGUUAGAGAAAGGUUCCUUGUUAUCCAAGCUGGUAGACUUGGAGUCCAAGAUUGGGCUGUUAAAACAAGAUCAGGAGAAACUGUGGACCGUGAACGAGGAGCUUCAUCUGGAGAACAAAAGGACAGUCAAGGAGAAACAAGACGCGGAGAGCAGAACCCAGCAAGAGAAGGAGAAGAACGAUGAGCUGAUCUCCGAAAAGGGACGGUUGCUCCUGGAGAUCGAGGCCGCCCAAGAAGACCUUCUCAAGAUCACAAAAGAGAACGACGCUCUACGCACGUCGAAGGCGGCUCUCCUCGGUCAGGUGGAGGAGCUCCGAGCCCGCAGCAAGAGCUUGGCCCAGGAAUGCCAGAAGCAUGUCAGCCAACGGGAAGAGCUGGAGGAUUGUCAGAGGAAGCUCUCCGAGGAAAACGCCGCUCUUCUGAAGGACAAGGACGACGUCAUCCAGAAGCUGAAGAGCUCCUACGAAGACAUGGCCAGGGACCAGAAGGAGCUGCUCCAGGAAGUCACCACCUUGGCUGCCGAGAGGGACUCGCUCUUGGGCAAACAUCUGGACCUGGAAAGCCAACACGUCGCCUUGAAGAGGGAACGGGAUAUUCUCCUGCAGAGCAGCCAGGACCUGCAGUCUGACAAGGAGACGCUCUUGAUCCAUCAGGAGGAGAUACGCAAGAGCUUGGAGCAGGCUCUGUUGGAGAAGCAGGAGCUCCAGCUGAAAAGCGAAGGCCUGCAGUCCAAACUGGAAUUAUCCGAUAAAGAGCUUAAACGGGUCACCAAAGACAAGAACCAACUGGAGGCCUCCCACGCUAGCCUUUCCAAACUUCUGGAGGAGAUUAAAGCCAGCAGGGCAUCGACGGACACUGAGCUGAUUCAGCUCCUGCAAGAGAAGGAGACCUUGGUUUGCUCCGAGAGCAGACUUGCAGCCGAAAGGGAAGAACUUUGGAACGAAAACAAGAACCUGUCGGAAAAGCUGGCCCAGACCUCCGAAGAAGCGGCCCUCGUGGAGAAAACCUUGAACGAUAAGCUGAGCCAGUUGAGCGCGGAGAAGGAGGUGGCCUCUCAGAGGUCUCUGAAGUUCAAGAAGCAGAACGAGAGCCUGCUCAAGGAGAAGGCCUCUUUGGAAGCCAAGUGCGCUGAGCUCCUGGCGGAGAAGCAGUCGGCCGCCAAAGCCCUGUGCGAGUUGAAGAAGAAGCACGAGUUGGACAUCUCUGCCAAAAGAAUGUUGGUCCAAGACAAGGCCAAGCUGCAGGGCAGUGCCGAAACCCUGAAGCGAGAGCUGGACCAGAAGAUAGCUGAGAACCAGGAUCUCGUCCGAUAUAAAGCUGAGCUUUCCAAAAUCUUAAAAGAGACCCAGAGUGCCAAAACCGUGUUGGAAAACGAAUACUCUGCCUUGCUUCACGCCAAGCAGCUCCUAGCCGCUUCCUUUAAAAGCAGCUCUUCAGAGAAGGAGGUCCUGACUAAAGAGAAGGCCCAGUUGCAAGAAGAAUGCCAGAAGUUGGCCAAGGAGCUCAAAACCAUCUACAAUAACCUGACGAUCGAGCGGGAAGGUCGUACGUUGGAGAAGGAGUCCUUUCUGGUGGAGAACACCCAACUCCAUAACGCCAUAAGUCUCUUGGAGACGGAGCAGGAACAGCUGAGGCUAAAGAACAAGGAGUUAUUGGUAGAACGGGACCAGCUGAAGCGGGAGAAGUUGAAGAGCGAGUCCAGGUUGGAAGAAAUCAUGAAGGAGAAAGAGGUCCUCGGUGCCGAGACGGACCAGCUGGCCUCCAACAUUGAGAAGCUGAAGAAGGAGUUUGCAUCUCUGACCAAGUCGAAAGCGGAGCUGCAGGAGCUUCACAGCAGCGUCUCCAAGAUCCUGGAAGAGCUGCGUUCCAGCCACCAAGCCAGCGAACUGGAACGAGCGAAGCUGCUUCAAGAGAACGAGAUGUUGCUUCUGGAGCAGAAACAUCUCACCACCAUCAAGGAGGAGAUCCUGAAGGAGAAGGAGGCGUUCUCCAAGGACUACUACAAGCUGCACGAGGAGAUCACCCUUCUAGCCCAGGCCAACAGUGAGAUGUCCGGCAACCUUCUGGUGGCUCAGAACAAAUGCCAGGCGCUUCAGAAGGAGAGGGACGAGCUCGUGGUCAAACUGGAAGACAUUGAAGGUCUCCAGGCUCAGGCGGUAAUGCAAAGAUUUGAGGUAUCGAAACUGCUAAAUCAGCCCAGUUACGCUCACUAACACCCACCACUAACGGUUCCCGUGUCUGCACUUAAUGUUGCACGUUUGAGCACCCUUGGAGCACCCUUCGUAAUUCUCUUGCAAGUAGCCAAUUUAGCGGAUUGGUGGGGGUGAGGGACAAACCCCGCUCUUCAGCAGCUGGAAUGGUGUGACGGAGGAGUUUUUAGGGCCUCACCACGGCUGAAUAUUCCAAUCAGCUCUUCCGUUGUGAAUAAAAAGGCGCCUAGGCCUGAUGAAUGGGAUGCGAUCCCCACUUGAAUUGGACGUGGUCUUGUUUUAAAUUGGUGUCUCAAGGGUGACGCCUCCCUCUCACCCUUGUCCCAGAAUGAGAUCAAAAUUCCAAGCGGACUGAUUUUUAAGCAGAAUAACUUGCAAAAAGGACGUUGCAAAGCUGGUUACCUUUUUAUUCACAAUCGUGUUUGUGUUUCACCACCAACAGAGGACAAAUCUGAAGGCUGAAUCGUUCCUAUCUCCCGUUUCAUUAAAACCUAAAGGUUUAUUCCAACCGCUGUUCUGUCUUUAACUAUCCCGAUCUUAAAGCUUAGAAGGUAUUAUUGAAAUGUUUCAAUUAUCUCUUCUUGUGCCCCAAAUUUAGAGGCGUGGUUGUUACU